AUGUCGGGCUCCCUCGGGGGCGGAAAGGACUCCAAAGAGCCCUCCAUCAUCAUCGGCAUCGAUUUUGGAACAACCUACUCCGGCGUCGCGUGGACCGAUUCGGAAGACUGCCAGAACAUUCGCGUCAUCUCAACUUGGUCCACGCAUCUCAGGAACUGCUCCAACACGGAGAAAGUCCCAACGGCGCUAUCGUACAAUGAGAAUGGCCAGGUCGAGGCAUGGGGCUACGAUGCCUUACGACAAGCUCAGGAGGUUCGAUGGUUCAAGCUACUGCUUCUGGAAGAGAAAGAUGUUCCCAGCUAUGUCCGCCGCUCAGCCCACUUUCGCGAGGCCCGUGAGUAUCAAUACGAGCAGAACCAGGAACCCAUUGACAUGGUCGCUGCUUUCUUGAGGCGUCUGUGGGAGCACAGUCUGAGUCUAAUCAUCAGGGAACUUGGCAACGACUCAGUUGAGAGGUCCAAAUUUCACAUCGUCAUCACCGUUCCUGCGAUAUGGCAACCAUACGCUCAGGAAAGAAUGAGACAGGCCGCUCAAAAGGCUGGUUUGCUCACAAAGCGUGAGUGCGGAGACACUCAGCUGAGUCUUCUCUCGGAGCCGGAGGCCGCAGCGCUGGCGGUCGUCUCUCGCCUCUCCAAGAAGUCCACGGUCGAGGCAAGUGACAGACAGAUUGAGCCUGUCGGAGAUACUUUGGUCGUUUGUGAUGCAGGAGGCGGCACAGCGGAUCUCAUCAGCUAUGUGGUACAGAGCGUCACACCAUUUGAGGUGCAAGAAUGCGUCAAGGGUGCAGGGGAUUUAUGCGGCGGCACUUUCGUGGACGAGGAGUUCCUCAACCUGAUGCAGGAACGAUUGGGCCAAAAGGUCUUCGGACAAUUCAGCAAGCGUGAGACGCGCAAGUUUCUCAACGACAAUUGGGAGCACAAUAUCAAGCCUCAAUUCGAUUGCAAGCAACGGUCCUGGCUGGUCGAGGACCUUCCCGCGGCGUGUCGGGCCCCGGGUCGGGGUCAGAAAAGAACCAAAGAAAUUGAGCUCAGCUCGGAUGCAGUCACGCAAGUGUUUGAACCGGUUGUCGAGAAAAACGAGAUACUACUGCGGGAGCAGUUGGCGGCAAUCAAAGCGAAAUACGAGGAGGCGGCCAAGGCAAGCUCUCCAAUUUUACAGUUUCGAUCAGCAUUAUAG